AAGUUUAAAUUCAUCCCUGUAGAAUUUCGGACGGUGAGUGAAAAAGUGUGACGCGCUUUUACACGAUUUUACUAAUUAGAAUAAAUUGUGAAAUAUUUGCAUUUCAAUUAACUAUAAAUCUUUAGACGAUAAUAAUUGUUUCCUCUUCAGUCUUUGAAAUCAAUUUUAAUAAAGCACGAUUCUCAACUUUCAAUAAAAAUGGCUGAUAAUGAUGAUCUUUUGGAUUAUGAGGAUGAGGAGCAGACCGAGACUACGGUCGCCGAGGUCCCAGAAGCACCAAAGAAGGAUGUGAAAGGCACAUACGUGUCAAUUCAUAGCUCGGGCUUUCGUGAUUUUCUACUGAAGCCAGAAAUUUUGCGUGCAAUAGUCGACUGCGGUUUUGAGCAUCCGUCCGAAGUGCAACAUGAGUGUAUACCACAGGCCGUGCUAGGAAUGGAUAUUCUCUGCCAGGCCAAGUCGGGUAUGGGUAAGACUGCAGUUUUUGUGCUUGCAACUUUACAGCAGUUAGAACCGACGGAAAAUGUGGUAUACGUAUUGGUUAUGUGUCAUACUCGUGAAUUAGCAUUUCAAAUAAGCAAAGAGUAUGAACGAUUUUCAAAGUACAUGCCAGCAGUGAAGGUGGGUGUAUUUUUUGGUGGUUUGUCGAUUCAAAAAGAUGAAGAAUCUUUGAAGGGCACCACGCCACACAUUGUUGUAGGCACACCUGGUCGUAUCCUUGCCUUGAUACGCAACAAAAAACUUAACCUCAAGCAUUUGAAGCAUUUUAUUCUUGACGAAUGCGACAAAAUGUUGGAACAACUUGAUAUGCGUCGCGAUGUACAGGAGAUUUUCCGCAGCACUCCACAUGGAAAACAAGUCAUGAUGUUUUCCGCCACGUUGAGCAAGGAAAUACGUCCGGUGUGCAAAAAAUUCAUGCAAGAUCCCAUGGAAGUUUAUGUGGAUGAUGAAGCGAAAUUGACAUUACACGGAUUACAACAGCAUUACGUUAAGCUGAAGGAGAACGAGAAAAAUAAAAAACUGUUCGAAUUGUUGGAUGUACUCGAAUUCAACCAAGUCGUGAUUUUUGUAAAAUCUGUUCAACGUUGCAUGGCGUUGGCACAGUUACUAACCGAACAAAACUUUCCCGCAAUUGGCAUACAUCGUGGCAUGACCCAAGAAGAGCGUCUAAAUCGCUAUCAACAGUUUAAGGAUUUUCAAAAGCGUAUUCUGGUAGCCACAAAUCUUUUUGGUCGUGGCAUGGAUAUCGAGCGUGUAAACAUUGUAUUUAACUAUGAUAUGCCAGAAGAUUCGGACACUUACCUGCAUCGUGUGGCCCGUGCUGGUCGUUUCGGUACCAAAGGUUUGGCUAUAACAUUUGUAUCGGAUGAGGCGGAUGCUAAAAUUUUGAAUGAAGUGCAAGACCGAUUUGAUGUCAAUAUCACUGAAUUACCAGAUGAAAUUGAUUUAUCAUCGUAUAUUGAAGGACGAUAAAAUAUUAAACAAAUAAGUAUUUUCUAUAGAACUGGGCGGCUUCAUUGUAAACCUAUCGUAACCUAGAACGUUUUACUCAAAUAAAGUCCAGAAAC